CACAAUGGAAGACAAACCCAAGCAGGGCACACGGCUGGCUCUGCUCGUGGUCGAGCGGCUGCACCUGAACAUCAAGUGCCAGACGGCCAAGGAUCGGGCCAAGGAUGCUGCCACUACGGCGCUUCGCCGGCUUGUGAUCCCGCGACCGGACAUCCUGCACACCUACCUGGAGUACAAGCAGAUCAAUCAGUAUCUGGAGUACCUGGCCCAGCGGUAUCCCCACUUCGUGUACGUCCACAUCCUGGGCCACACGCACGAGAAGCGGGAGGUUCGAGCACUGGAGAUCAACUGGAUGAACUCGGAGAACGUGGAGCUAUCGCCGCAGAUGCGGGAACACGCGCCGCGACUCUUCGACAUCGCCCCCAAUGGACGGUUCACCGUUCCGGUGAUCCACCUGGGUGAGCACUGCCGGAAAACGGUCUUCAUUGAGGCAGGCACACAUGCCCGCGAAUGGAUAAGCAUCUCCACGGCGCUCAAUUGCAUCUACCAGCUGACGGAGCGAUACACCAGGAACAUCGAGGUGCUCCGGAAGCUCCGCUUCAUCAUCGUUCCACUGGUCAAUCCCGAUGGCUACGAGUACUCCCGCACCAAGAAUCCCAAGUGGCGCAAAAACCGACGGCCACACAAGUCCACCAAAUUUGUGGGCACCGAUUGCAAUCGAAACUACGACAUCUUCUGGAACAGCGGGCCCAGCAAGAUCAACCGCAACACGUACAAGGGUGAAAGUCCGUUUUCCGAGCCAGAGACCCGGGCCAUGAGGAGCAUUCUCGACAGGAUGAGCACGAACCUCCUGUUCUUUUUGUCUCUGCACUCGUAUGGCCAAAGUAUCAUGUACCCUUGGGGCUACUGCCGUGACAAUCCGCUCUACUGGCGCGAACUCAGCUCCCUAGCGAAUUCCGGCAAGAGUGCGAUCAAGUCCUACAAUGGCCGCGAGUACCGAACGGGAAGCAUCAGCUGUCUGACCAAGCGAACCAUUGCCGGAUCCGUUGUGGACUAUGUAUAUGGGGUGCUUAAGGUGCCGAUGGCUUUGGUAAUGGAGUUGCCAUCACGCGAGCUCGGCUUCCAACCGCCAGUGGAGAUGAUCAGUCAAAUUGGACACGAAAGCUGGUAUGGGAUUCGUGAGAUGUGCAAGCGCUCCUAUGACCUGCGAAAUCAGAUUGCCCGCGAAAAUGAUCCACCGCUGCCACGACCGGCUCGUUACGAGGCCACCAAUGAGGGCGUGGCAAUCGCGAACACGUCAACGUCCACGGUAGAAGCCACUGCGGCUGGUGGCGAUUGUGCCAAAACCACGUCAAAGAAGAAGCGUUCGAAGCGCACGGUUCGUGCGCAGCACGAGAACACCGUACGGCUGCAAAGGAGUUUCAAGGCACGUGAAUCGCAAGACCUGCCCGAGGGCAUUCAAGCCCUGCCUCCGGGACUCUUUCCGCGGCAAAUGGAGCCGCGUUAUCCACCGAUAAAGCGAUCUGGACUCAGCCGGGAUGGACAAGGCGGUGGAGAUGGCGCGAUUCUGACCAGUCGAGGCAAACCUAACAUUUCUUCACAAAUGCCGCUGGUUUUCCCAUAAGCUUACAAUUUUGUUUUCUGAUCAGUGGUAACGUAAAAUUAAAUUAAAUUGUAAAUUAUGUGUAGGUCAAACUUAACUGCGAUGAACCCAAAUAAACGGUCACUUUUUUUUUA